AUGCCGAACUUGUCGCCAGCGUCUGGAGCAGUGCUUGUCACCGGCGCGAGCGGGCUGGUCGGCGGCCAUGUGUGCAGCCUGCUGUGCAAGAGUGGUUACUCGAUGCGCGCGGCAGUCCGUGAUCCCUCGGCCGACAAGGUCAAAAUUCUAGAGAAGAUGGGCUGCUCGCUCGUGCGUGUGCCAGACCUCCUGAGCGACGAGGGCUGGUUGGCCGCAAUGGACGGGUGCGUCGGACUCAUGCACGCUGUGUCCGGCACCGAGCGUGCUCUUCGCUUUGCAGCCGCGUCGGGCUCUGUGCAACGUGUCGUCGUAACGGCGACGAUGGCUUCGGUCUGCGGUACUCAGCGUGACAAGGACCCCGACCACCUAUGGUGCGAGGCCGACAAGAAUGACAACCCGGAAACCGGCUACAGCAAGUCGAAGACGGCGGCGGAGGCCAAGGUUUGGGAGCUGGCCGAGGCGCACAAGGAAAAGUUCAGCGUCACGACUGUCCACCCCGCCGUCGUCCUCGGCCCGGUGCUCGAGGGCCAGAGCGUGUCGUCGACGAUGGGCUACCUGAAGAUGAUGCUCAGCGGCAAGGCGGAGACCGCGGGCGAGCGCUACCUUGUCUGCUCGACCGACCAGUACUCGACGCUGGAGCUCGUCGAGCUGGCACGAGAGGCCGCGCCAGAAGCAUGCGCCGGCCUCGACCUCGCUGCCUGGAAGGCCGAUGAGAAGGUUGCUGCCCUGAAGCCGAAGAAGCCCGCGACCGACAACCGCAAGGCGUGCGCCCUCCUCGGCGUCGAGCGGCUCGAGGCGCCGCUCAAGUUUGUGGGCGAGGCGGCCGCCUCCCUCAAAGCGCUCGGCCAUCUCGGCUGA